AACUCAUAACAAGACAAUCAACUGAAACAAGUGAAAAGAAAUAUCAUAACUGCCUUGCGGAAAAUUUAACGAAUUUUAAUUUAAAAAAAAAAGUGAACAAAUCAUUGAAAAUUGCCUAUUUUAUUUAUGCAAAGUGUUGAAACGAAAGCCCUCAAAAUAAUUGUAGUUUUUUUGUAUUGACGCGACUUUUUAAAAGUUGAGUAAAAGUAAAAAACACCAAAGUGAAAGAAGAAAAAAAGUACAUUUGAAAGCUUUAGAUCUCACAAAUACGAAAUUAGACAGAUUUUGAUUUUUCUGAGCCUUUGCAAACAUCAGAGCAAAGACAAGAGCAACGGAAGACGCGAAUUAAUUUCGCGUUUCUUUUUAUAUUGCGAAUACAGCAGCAAACAUAACAAAAAUAAACGUCACCAGAGCGCAAAAACAUUAACAACAAAACAAUUUCGAUUCGUCAGCAGCAGCAGCACACAUUACAAAGGGAGGAGAGCGCUGAACUGUUGUUGUUAUUCAUUGAAAGCGAAAAAAAUAGCAAAAGAAAAAACCCAUAAUAUUGAAAACAAUAACAAUCGCCGCAAUCAAUUGAUUUUGUUGUGAAUUGUUGUUGGUGCGUUCGUUCAUCAUCCCCUUCAUCAGUUUGUGAAAUUAAAUACUACGAGGAGGAGCAAUUAUCUCACUGGUGUGGUCCUUAACAUUUCGCUUAACCACUUGUCUUUGUUGGAUCGACAAUAUUAUGAAUCUCUCAUUUGCCGGCUGUGGUUUCUUGGGCAUCUAUCAUGUUGGCGUGGCUGUUUGUUUUAAAAAGUAUGCUCCCCAUUUGCUUUUGGAAAAAAUCGGUGGCGCCUCUGCUGGAUCUUUGGCAGCCUGUUGUCUCUUGUGCGAUUUACCCCUAGGUAGCAUGACAUCUGAUUUCUUCCGUGUGGUAAAUGAAGCUCGCCGACAUUCCUUGGGCCCCUUUAGUCCAUCGUUCAACAUACAAACAUGCCUGUUUGAGGGACUACAAAAGCAUUUGCCCGAUGAUGCCCAUAAACGUGUCAGCGGUCGUUUGCACAUCUCCAUGACCAGAGUGUAUGAUGGCAAAAAUGUCAUUGUCUCUGAGUUCAAUUCGCGAGACGAGGUGUUGCAGGCAUUGUUGUGCGCUUGCUUUAUACCAGGCUUUUCGGGUAUAUUGCCUCCCCGUUUCCGAGGUGUACGCUACAUGGAUGGGGCCUUUUCCGAUAAUUUGCCUAUUUUGGAUGAAAACACAAUAACCGUUUCGCCGUUCUGCGGCGAAAGUGAUAUUUGCCCACGAGAUCAAAGUUCACAACUAUUCCAUUUGAAUUGGGCCAAUACCAGCAUUGAAAUAUCGCGCCAGAAUAUCAAUAGAUUUGUGCGAAUACUCUUCCCUCCCAGGCCGGAGUUUUUAUCGAAGUUCUGCCAGCAAGGAUUUGAUGAUGCUCUACAAUUUCUGCACCGUAACAAUUUGAUAAAUUGUCGCCGCUGUGUGGCUGUGCAAUCCACGUUUGUGGUAUCCGAAACUGUGGCACAACCCCAAGAGUUCGACCCCGAGUGCAGAGAAUGCAAAAAGCAUAGAAAGGACGCUUUGUCUUCCAAUAUGCCACAAACAGUUUUGGAUGUUAUACAGGAUUACAUAGAGCAGGCAAACAAGGGUUUGGCCAAUUGGCUAUUCAAGCAUCGUGGCAUUAAACUACUAUCCUUGCCAGCAACAGUGCCAAUGGAUUUCCUUUUCGCCACAGUUUCCAAACUAAGCUCGCUGACACCAAAAUUAACCAAACAAAUGCGCCUUGUUGUUGAGGACUUUAUCAGUCAAUUGAAUAAUGCCGUGCAGGUGCGUCUAUUAAGUAAAAUUACGAUCUGUGAUCCUCCUCAUUUUGAUGCGACCGGUUUGUUGCAUUCAAAAAGACUGUAUGGCCCACGUGUUUCCAUACUUGUGGAUGAAUGCGGUGCCUCAACAUGGCAAGAUGAUGUAGACCAAUAUGAACAUGUUUUGAAGGUUACAACCCACAAUGAUGCAUUAUAUGCCUACUACUACACAGAUGAUAACACGAACAAGGUGAAGGUUACCGAGAUUUUCGAUAUGACUGAAAAUGUCGAAUUAGCUGACAUGAAACAAUAUGAAGGCUGUGUCGAAGAUCAUCCCAAUCCCCAUCAGCAUCACCACAAUACGGUGGUCAGCGAAUGGAAUGGUGUCGAAUCAGAUUUUUUCAUAGAUCAACAAUCGCAGUUGCUGGGAAAUGAGAAUGCAACAACCGCCAACAGCACCGUUGUUUUAUUACCUGCCUCUGCUUCCUACAGUGCCUGCAACAACGUUGAAUCGAAUAAUACACUGCUAUCUCCUCCCGCCGACAACGAUAGCCUAGCAAUUGAGUCUGGGGAAGAGUCUUGUGUUUUCAGUGAUCCCGAAGUGGAUCAACACUACGACGACGAUGCCAGCAAACACCUACCCGCACAAUACUAUCAUGCAGCAGCAGCGCACUCCAAAUCUCUUGUGCCUGCGAUGACGUCCCAACCUACGACAACUUCCGGAGAAAUGUGCAUAGACAUUGAAUGAAUUCCUUUUGCAUGGGAGUUGAACGCACUUUGUUGUACUCCAUGAACUCUAUUUAGCCUUGUUCUCUUAUACCAAACUGUUACCAUGUAUUUAUUAUUUGUACUUGUACUUGUUGUAUAUAGAAAUCAGAAGAAUUUAUAGAAAGAAAAAAAAAACAAACAAACAAACAAAAGCAAAAACACUACAGAUGAAAGCUCAGAAGCCAAAGGUAGAUAAAGCUAAGCUAAGAUGCCUUGUAAAAACACUAACACAAACACAAACACACCACACAUACACAUAUACAUAUGCAUAUAUAUAUAUAUUAUUUUAGGACAUGUCGUUAGUUUAUUUCGAUGUCAUCGAAACUCUCAUAUUUUGUAUUUUUACAAUUGCCAAUUAAUUUUUGUCUUAAUUUACUUUACUUCUACUACUCUGUAAACGCAAUUUAAGCUAUAGUCUAAUUAACUAUUCGAUAUCGCAAUGUAUGUACCUUUAUUAUUAUUUCAUCAGGUUAAGCUUUAAACAGCCCUUAAGUUUUGUAAAAUAACAAAAACAAACAAAAAAAAAAAUACAAUAACGAACAUGAGAAACUAUAGAAAAUUAA